AUGCUGCCAAUGGAGUAUUCUGUGGAACUGCGUUCCGCUGUGUCAGAGCUUCUGCACCCAGAUCCCGAAAGUUGGCCCUCGACAGCGGAGCUAUUCACACGGACUCACUUUGCCUCAUGGAUAGCGGAUGCUCAAAGGGGAGAAGCCAAGCUUCAGAUGGAGCAACGAAGCCUUGAGCAGAUGAGACUCAAGCUGGAACGUUUGAUGAGAUCGCAAACUGCCAAAGAGCGGGCAUUGGAAGCCAAAGAGAUGAGCCUUGAAGCAGAAAAGCGCUGUCUCAUGCUGAGGGCAUCUCGCUCACCCCCGAUGGCAACACAAACUCCCCAGACGGCGUCACAGACGCCUGCCAUCAAACCGGAGGAAAGAGCGGGCGCAAAGGCCACUAAAGCGAUGAGGCCCCGUCCGUAA